GGUUUCCAUAAGUCCAUAGACGUGGCAGAAAAUUCCCCGCAAAGUAGAUAGACGAAAUUAACCGACCACAAACAAGAGGUCUCAGCAGCUCCCACUGUAUUGUAGGAGCCGCAGGACAACCCAAUUGCGGUAAAAUUCAAAUGCCCAGAGCAAUGCAUACAGGCGUUGCGAUGGAUGUCCCUGUAUUUAAUUCAUGCAUGAAGAUACGCAAUAAGCAUUUGCAUUUGAAUAGGAUUAUAUGUUGCAGCAGCAGAACCUCCAAUGAAGCCGAAGCAAAUACGGGAAAUAAGAGAGUCCUUAUUUUAGGGGCAACGGGUCGGGUUGGUGGCGCUACUGCUAAAUCUCUUGCUAAAAAUUGCCCUAAUCUGCAGCUGGUCCUUGCAGGCAGGAACAGGGAGAAAGGGGCUGAGCUAGCAGCGGAGUUGGGGGCAAACGCUGAGUUUUGUGAAGUCAGCCAUGAUAAUAUGAAAUCAUUGGCAGCAGCUUUAAAUGGUGUAGAUCUUGUUGUUCAUACGGCGGGACCAUUCCAAAGGGAAGAAAAAUGCACAGUUCUAGAAACUGCAAUUUCUACUAAGACGGCUUAUAUAGAUGUAUGUGAUGAUCGGAGGUAUUCUUGUCUAGCAAGGACUUUUCAUGAAAAAGCUGUAGCUGCAGGAGUCCCUGCUAUCACUACGGCAGGGAUUUACCCUGGAGUGAGCAGCUUGAUGGCAGCAGAGCUAGUGCGUCUUGCAAAGACAGGUUCUAGUAAAGGAACUCAAUCGGAGCCGGAGCGAUUACGAUUUUCUUAUUUCACUGCAGGUUCUGGUGGUGUAGGCCCAACAAUCUUAGCAACAAGUUAUCUGCUUCUUGGGGAGGAAGUGAUUGCAUAUCGUAAAGGAAAAGAAUUUAGAGUAAAACCAUAUAGCGGUGCUCUUGAUGUAGAUUUUGGAAAGGGGGUUGGCAAGAAAUCUGUUUUUCUGAUGAACUUACCAGAGGUUGGAAGUGCUCAUGAGGUGUUAGGGGUACCAACUGUCAGUGCUCGUUUUGGGACUGCACCAUUUAUCUGGAAUUGGGCAAUGUCAGCUGUUGCAAAUCUAGUCCCUGCGGAUUUUUUAAAGAACAGAGAGAAAGUCCAAAAAUUGGCCGAGGCAACCAUCCCAAUUGUUCGCGCAGUUGACAAAUUUUCUGGCGAACUCAUGUCAAUGAGGGUAGAUCUUGAAUGCACAGAUGGGAGAAAAGCUGUUAGCAUAUAUAGUCAUAAGAAAUUGUCAAUAUCUGUAGGGAUUGCUACCGCUGCAUUUGUAAGAGCUGUUUUAGAGGGGAGCACUCAACCUGGUGUAUGGUUCCCAGAGGAGCCUGAAGGAAUAGCAGUGGAGGCAAGGAAGAAACUCUUGGAAUGGGCUUCUGAGGGAACAAUCAAUUUUGUCAUGAACAGGCCACCAUGGAUGGUUGAAACGGGUCCCAAAGAAAUUGGGUUUGGAUUAUAUAUCCAAUGAUCAAUGACUUCCACUGCAAUUACAAGUAGUAACUAUUUAAGAUUAAAUUUUGUAGAGUGGCCACUUGGUAGGUGAAACUGAAGCAAUCUAAUUCGAAUUCAUUUGUAAAUUUUUCACUGGAGCCCAUGGUUCUGGUUUAUAGAAAUGUAAUAUUUGAUUUUUUUGGCUUAAAAAUGAUUUAUUUUAUUUGUAUCACACCAAACUCGGUAUUUUUCU